UCAGCCGUCAUCCACCUUCCUGUGCCCAGCCUUCAGCCGUCUCCGGAACUCUUUCUACCAAAAGCUAUGCUUACACCUAUACGCACGACGCGUAUGCCCACAUACACAAUUACCCAUCUCUGUAUAUAAACUAAAAAAACCAAUCUUUUCUUUCAUUUUCGGUGUUUUUUCUUCCCUUCAUGCAGUAGCAGCAGUAAUGGGUAAUCUCUGCGCCUGCUUCGAGAAAAAACCGGUAGCGGCAAAGCUAAGGUCAUCUAGGCGUUCUUCGAACGUUCAACAGGGUCCGAACUCCAGCAAGAGCUGGAAUCGGAUCCGAACAUCGCGGAACAAGUUCGAUGAUUCUAUGCUUCAAGAGCAGGCCCUAGCUGCCGCGAUUCUUUUCAGGCAACACCAGCAGAAUGGUAGUGUGUCGUUGCCAUUUGACCGGUCCACUUCGCUACGGUACCCGACUUCUUCUGGGUCCAAGAGGGCGGGUCAGUUGCCUCGGAGCUCCAGUUCGAGAGCCAGGUCCUUGACUGACCCUCUCUUGCAGCCUCAACAGCUUGUUAAUCAGGAGAUAAAGCAUGAUGACUUGGAGACAGACCAUUUUGUCCUUGUCCAUGGAGGAGGAUUUGGUGCUUGGUGUUGGUAUAAAACAAUUGCACUUCUAGAAGAAGGUGGUUUCAAAGUUACUGCAAUCGACUUAACUGGUUCUGGGAUUCAUUCUUUUGAUACAAAUGAAAUAACCAGUCUUUCACAGUAUGUCAAGCCAUUAACUGAUUUUCUCGAAAAACUUGCCAAUGGAGAGAAGGUGAUCUUGGUUGGGCAUGAUUUUGGUGGCACGUGCAUAUCAUAUGCAAUGGAGUUGUUUCCUAUUAAAAUUGCCAAAGCUGUAUUUAUUGCUGCAGCAAUGGUGACUAAUGGACAAAGUACUCUGGAUAUGUUCUCUCAGCAGGAAGGCUCAAAUGGUCUAAUGCGACAGGCUCAAAUAUUUUUGUAUGCAAAUGGGAAUGAUCACCCACCAACUGCUAUUGAACUAGACAAGUCAUUAUUGAGAGACUUGUUAUUCAAUCAGAGUCCUUCCAAGGAUGUUGCACUAGCUUCUGUUUCAAUGAGGCAAACACCUUUUGCACCAGUUUUAGAAAAGCUUUCCCUUUCUGAUAUGAAAUAUGGAUCUGUGAGGCGGUUUUAUAUAGAAACUCUGGAAGAUAGUGCCAUACCCAUCACACUCCAGGAGAGCAUGAUAAAUUCAAGCCCUCCAGAAAAGGUGUUCCGACUAAAAGGUGCAGAUCACUCACCAUUUUUCUCAAAACCUCAAGCCCUACACAAAUUACUGGUAGAGAUUUCAAAGAUCCCUUCAACUUGAAAGAAGCUACUCUCUAAAAGUAAAAGAAAAGCCCUUCAACUUGACCACUCAAGAGGAAUUUCAGUGACAUUCUGAUCUUUAGAUGUCCUAGGUCUCGCGUACCAGAGAAUGAAUUUGUUCAUAUAUUUUUUUUUUCUUUCCUUUUGAAACCCAUUAUGAGAUGUUCAUUUUAUGCUAGUUAAAAUUAAUAUAUCAGGAAUUGCGCAUGAAACACGUAUGAGAUAAAUCUGUCUUGGAAGGUUGUAGCAAAUUGUUUUUCUCCUUUUUUUUUUUCGGGGAGGGGGGUGGGGGUGUGUUGUUUCGCUCAUAUCCCUUGAAAUGAAGUUGGGUUUCCCUUCAGAAAAACUGAAUGCAAACUCCACAUGGUUAUGCUAAACUCUUGAUUUUGUUCUUUUAUAUAUAAAAAAGUGUAGUACAA